UCCCCCCCCCCCCCCGAGUCAAAGGCCCUGCCUGACUGGUGGAAAAGUCAGGCAUUACUUUCCAUCCUGCACCACAGAGCAAUCAAGAUGCAAUCUGUUUAUCAGCAAGUGGUUUCCUUUAAGGAGAAAGGAUAGUCCCUUGCAAACAGCAGGACCCUCCCUUGAGAUGAGAAGCAGAAACAGAGACCUCUGAUGUGUGUGCAGGACUGGGCCUUUCCCCAGUGGUCUCCUGUUUCAGGCAGUUCUUCUCAUUCCCCUCAACCACUCUCUUUUGGUCAGGAAUACAGGGGGGGCAAUAAAGGGAGAAGUAAUGCUAAUUAUUAACAUUCUUAAACCAUACAAGGGGCAGGGAGGAAUGAAAUGCAUGCUUGAAAGGGGCGUUUGGAAAACAGCUUGUACAUGUGUCCAUCUCCAGGGUUCUCCUAAAAAAAUCAUGAGCCAUUCACCCCUCAGUCUCACCUCUGACCAGCACUUCUCCACGUCUCUACUCAUCACUGCUGGGAUGCACCUUGGGCCCACGUACUUAUUGCUCCCACUAACAGAAACAUUAUCUCAUUACAUAGAUGAUUAUAUUCCUGACAGUUCUGGCUCCUGUUACUCACAAUUCAAUAUUGUCCUUGUCAUCUGCUUGUUUGGCUUAUCAAAGAGAGGCAAAAUCAAACUAGCAAGUUCCAAGUGCUAGAUUUAAGAUGAUCAUAAUGCUAAAACCACCCACCUCUCUUGCUUCCAGACUCUCCUGAGAACUCAUCUCUGCCCUAUUGCACAGAAGUGCAGUUACUUAUUAAAGAGCAGCUAGGCAGGUGCUGAUUUGUGGCUGUUUCUCACUGGCUAGGAAUUGCAUCUUGUGCUAUAGCACGAUGUGAGUGUGUCUACAUGUGCUUUUAUGUGCGCCUAAACUUAAUGCGCAUUUGCCUAAUGCACAUUAAGAUGAUUUAGGCACACAUCUACACAUGCACACACUAAGGUACAUUAACACAGUGUGUGGACCGACUUGGGACUAAAUUUAGUCCCAAGUCAGUUGACAUACAUGGUAUAAAUGUGCCAUAGCAUAUCUACAUGUGCAUGUAGGUGCUUCAGCUAUUCACACAUAAAUUUGAUACCUGCUUUUGCACGAAUAGCCUAAAAUUACCAUUUUUAAGGGGAGACUCCUGUCCUUAAUGCACCUUAAAAUGGCUAAUACAUCUUAAAUUAGCACGUAUAGACAGGCCCUGUUAUUCUUUACUCUGCCCUAUGUCAACCCCACCCCCAUACCUCAUCUUCCUGAUGGGGUUGGAUUUGCUUGGCUCAGAUUCAGUCCAGAAUAGAAUCAGUGAUGUUGUCUGCUGUGAAUAGCACUGAUUGCAAGUCUAGGCCUUAUGAAUAGCCCCUGAACCAUUACUUGCUUCUGACAAUUAUUUAUCUCAGCUAAAUACUGUAGGUGAGCAAACAUAACCAAAUGGUAUUGUCAUAAACGGAUCGCAUUAGCCAGGUGAUAUUCAGUGUUCAGGCAAAUGAUUCAUCACUUAGCUCAUGUGGUGUUUCUACUCCCUGACUGGAUAACUCAGAGGUUUUAAAGACCAGAAUAACAGCAACUAACAAAUAGUUUUGUUCACAACUGAAAAACCCUGUUUGCACAUGUACAUAUUUGCAUGUGAAUUGCAAUGGUAUGUUUCCCUACAAGUGGUAUUCAAUCACUGUAAUGCUCUGUCUGCUGUACACAACUUCUGAUACGGGAAUGGGACAGAAGUCAGAACACAAGCUCUGUGCUAGCCGAUUUGUUUGUGUCCACCGCUUGUGGUUGUUUUGUGUAAUAGGAGCACCUUGUUGAAGAUGGACCGUCCAUCCAUUAAUCAGGAUGAAGAUCAGCUAUUCUCCAAAAAUUCUAGCAAGGAAAAAUCAUAUUAAAUUAACGAACAGUGAGGAAACAGAGCCCCCAGCAUCAAUCCGAGUCCAAGUGGAAGUUCAGCUUUGAAAUAGAGGAGAUGCUAUGGGCUGGAAUGCAACCCGUGGCCAUUUUUGGCACUGCCAAGGAGGGUCAACUCGUUCCAAACCGCCAAGCAGGAAGGACCAAGGUCCUGAGCAUGGGUUUCCAAAACUCGCCUGACAUUUUGUGUCUCUUUUGAUCACUGGGAUGGAAGGCUGAUCCUCCCCAUUUCUCUUGGAAAUGGCAUCGGAGCUGACUUCAGAAAGGGAACGAACAGCUUUUUUUGAUCAGUGAGAAAAGAGGUCACUUCUUCGCUGAGGAGGCAGGAAUCAUAGCAACAGAGUGAACAGAUCAACACGGCUACCAAAUACGUCCCCUCCAGAAUGAGCUCAAACCUGCUGGCUGAGACCAUCUAGUGGUUAGAAGAGCAUAAAACUAGUACAACCCUUACAGACAGGAUACUGCCUCUGGUUCAGACGUGGAGCCCAAAAUGGUCCCCCACCAAGUGUCUGUACAGUGCCCAGAGCAAUAGUGCCCCAGUUUCAGCUGGCCCUCCUGUAACAAAGGCAAACAAUAUUGUGAAGAAGACUGAGUGUUUCAAGAAUCUGAGGGCUGAGUGUUUGAAAAGGCUUAAUGGCUAGAACAAAUAACCCAGUGGGUUCAGAAGGAGCUGUGGCAAAAGCAAAUCAACCAUUUCUCAUUUCCUCCGUCAUAUGAUUUGCUACCGGGAGGAGGCUGGCGAAGAAUGAUAGCCUCAGAGCUCACCCAACAGGGUCAGUGAUCGACACACAUCGUCUGGAGAGCGACGGGAGAGCCAAGGUCGGGGAGGAUUUCGCUCUUGGAUCUCUCACCCAGGAGUGAGCAGGUAAGGACGAGGUCCUCAGGCAGUGCUGCUGGAGGCUGCGGCAGCGGGAGAUCUGGGAGGGGAGCGAGGGUCUCUUCUGCUUCCAGGCUUGUGCCUGUGUUCGGAAAAAAGUGCAGAAGGAGACGGAGCCGACAAGACCCUGCCUUUGGAGCGAGGGGCUGAGUAACGCUCCCUGCCGGCUCGGUGUGCAGGAGGCAGGAGCCGGGCAGGCUCUGCAGGACACCCCCUGCCGAGGCCGAGAUAAGAAAUGUUUGCGCUCUAACCUUGUGUGUCUUUUAUCGCCUCCUUAGACCAUCUUCUCCUGCACGGGUGCCAGAAGGCUUCAAAACCAGUCCCGGGCCCGGGUUGCUGUCCCUGCCAGGAUGGCUGGAGUGCAGUGCACAGCCAGUGUAGAUUAAAACACUGGUUCCUCUUACAUUGUAUUGAGGGCCAUGGUUUUUGUUUCUGCAGAGCAGGGGAGUCGGGCUCUCCUGCAUCGUGAAAGGCAUGAAGACAAGGUCCAGGGAGAAGGCAAUAGCAGUCCUGGUGUGGAAAAGAAGUGCCAGAGGGCAGCCAGAGUUUCCUUUAAUGGCCGAGAAGGGCCUGAAAGGGAAGGUCUGGGGGGACAGGACUCCUGGAGGGGACAAAACAAGAGAGGGAAAGGGGUGGGAGGCAGGAGAGGUGCAGAUCUGUUACAGGGGAAGAGAUUAUACAAGAAGAUAGCUUCAGAGUGGAUGCUAUAGUCCCUUUCAGGGGCAGGCGUUAUCGCCUUGGGAAGGCAGUGACCGCGGAUCCAGGCGGCGAGGGACAGUCCCCAGAGGCGAGGCAGGAGGCCUCGGUACCGGACCAGAGGGAGGAGUGCGCGGCGUCCCGAGGGCCUUUGAGCACCUGCCCAGCAGCACUCCAUCCCCCCGGGCAGGAUGGACAGGCUGAGGCGGGUGCUGAGGAGGAGGACCGCCAAGGUGGGCUUUGUGCCAGAAGAUCACAGCAGGGGGCCUGGGCAGGAACAUCUGGGCCCCCCCAGCCGUGAAGAGGAGGGGCCCAUCCAGGCGAGGACGUGGCUGUGCUCCAUGUGCUGGCAUAAAAAACCAGCACUUCCUAGCGCCAAAGCACUUCCUUUGAAGCAGCCCACCACCUCCAGGUGCAAGUGGAGGUGGCCCUGGGUGCGCCCGGGCAGGCGGGAGCCCGGAGGAGAGGAGCGCCGGGCAGAAGAGCCGUGCAGCCUCCCGCCCAGGGCACCGAGCAGCCUGGAGCCCGGCCCUGCAGCCCCGCAUCCGCAGGCAGCCCCCUGCAGAGGCGCGGAGGAGGGCCCAGCCUCCCUGGGGCAGGAGCUGAGCCCGUCCUGCACCAGCCCCAGCCUGAGCUGCAGCUCCUCCUCGGCGGACUCGCACAGCUCCCUGGGGUCCGCGAGCCCCCCGGCCCCUGGCGCCAGCCACACCGUGAUUCCCAGUCCGGCCAUAGAGAAGGUGCAGGACGAGGAAGAGCAGGAGAAGGAAGAUCAGGGGACGCAGGAGGGAGCUGUGCCAAGUGUCACCCAGCGCCUCCAGGAACGCAGGAAGAUGCAGCACAGGAAGGAUGGGCAGUGCCUGCUGCAGGAGCUCCUCACCCUGCAGGCAGCCGUGCAGCAGAGGGGACACGAGGCAGUGGAGCUGCAGGGGUGGAAAGUGUCCAUGCCACACAAGAUCGUGGAGCUGAUGGAGGAUGUCCCCAGGGACGAAUAUCUAGGAAACACCAUCCCAGACAUCAUAGCUGCCAUCUGGUGCCUCAGCGACCUGGAGAUGUGCCUGGACCCCUUCCUGCAGUCGCGCCUCCUGCGAGCUGCAGCAUCCAAGACUUUUGGGGCCAUAGGGCGCAACAACAUCAGCAACCUGAGGAUGCACAUGGGCAACCUGGAGGGCCUGCUGUGGUGCCUGCUGUCCAGCGCCCCCAGCCUGGACAGGCUGAAUUUCUUGUGGGAGCAAUUCACAUUCUGGAUGGAGGCGGUGGAUGCCCAGCACCGAGCCCUGGGCAUGAGGGCAAGCACCACCCUCAUGUCCUUUGCUGCCCUCCUGCUCCCACACUUUGAGGGCUCCCCUGACGUGCCUGAGGUGGGGGACAUGGCAGCGCGCCUGGGUCUGUCCAUCAGUGACCCAGAGGAGACCGUCGGCUGCGACGCCGUGGAGAGUUUGUACUGGCUCACUCGAAUCCUCCUGCACCAGAGGGGCCAAGACAUGCGAGGGGCGGACGAGAUGUUCGGCGAGUGCCCUCUGGAGCCGAGCCAGGUCCAGUGUUACAGGGACCUGGCAAGAGUCGGAGAGGUGCUGAGAGAGAUCUUGUCCGCGGAGCAAAAGAGAUCAUUCCUGCAGCGGACCAUUCUGGCAAUUCAUCAUGGGCGGAUGCACGUUAAAACACCUGCGCUACUCUUCCUCUAUGCCAUCCUGGGGGAGACCAGCCUCCUGAUCGGGGACAAGGAGGAAGAAGUCCCCGGCAGGAUCGUGAGGAAGCUGGUCCUCAUGAAGUGCUGCCAUGAGCUGCCCAAGGAGCUGCAAGGACACAGCCUGCUGGCCUGCUCCUCCGGCCCCCUCUCCUCUCCUCUCCUCUCCUCCCUCCAGCAGCCCCCCGGGUCCUCCUGCAGAGAGAGCUCCUAACCAUCAGGAGCACGAGAGCCCCUCCAUGAGCGAUGAGGACAUCUAGCACCUCACCAGGAGCCUGGCGGCUGUGUAGAGAUGCUGCAACAGUGUCGAAGCCACCGCACGAGAGUCACCGACUGAGCAGAUCCGCCCGCUCACAGCGGUCCUCCCUAGACUUCAGCUUGUCCCCAAAGACGCAGCCUGAGAAGCCCCUCGUGGGUGAAGGGUUCGACAACUUCAUCCGUCAGCCCUGCCACGCCAAGGGUCGCGAAAGCACAGACACCAUGCGCUCGUGGUCCCCAGGUUGCCUAAUGGAGGACGCUCGUGUUGUGCGGGUGGCAUUUUGUUACCCCCUGCCUCAGGGCUUUUGCCGGUCGCCAUUUGGGGCCAGGAAGGAAUUUUUUCCCCCUCAUCUGUGGAAGUAUCAUCUGGGGGUUUUUCGCCUUCCUCUGAGGCACCGGGGCAAAGUCAGUCCAUUGCAGCCUCUGUUGUGUUAGCAGCCUGCCUUGGCGCUCCGCCCUGAAGGGAUAAUCCUUCGAAGGCCGUGCAGGGAGAGACAAUGAACCACAGGCACCGGGUAGAAUGAGUGCGUAGGAGUUAAGAGUAGUUUUAGAAUAAUAAAUUUAAUAUCAAAUUUU